GUAGACAAAUGUAAACGUAAUUUUUGAAGUCUCUCAAUAGCCUUGUUUUUGGAACAAGAAAUAAUUAUUAAAAGCUAUUCCGUAUGAAAAAAAAUUAAAUGAUUUUUUUUAAUUAAAAAUUGUUCUAUUGGUUUGUUUUAUUGUCGCAAUUCUGAAAACUUGUUAUAUUUAUCCUUUUACAUAACCAAACAUUAUCAAUUAUCAUUUAAAAUGGCUUAUUAUUUGGGGUUUGAAGAUGCUUUUCGAAAAAUGCGGCGAAGCACUUCAAGUGCAACAAGCUUGAGUAAUAACGGAAUGAAUUUGAAUAAACUGGAAAAAAGUUGGUUCAGUGCCGCUGCAGAAUGUGACAUUUUGAAGUUGAAGCAGUACUAUGGAAACGAUAAAGAUCUGCUCAAUAAAAAAGAUAUUUUCACGGGGUACGCUGCCGUGCAUUGGGCUGCCAAGAAAGGAGAUCUUGAUUUGUUUUUGUGGUUUCUUGAACAAAAAGCUGACUUCAAUUUAAGAACUAAUGGGGGUUAUACUCCACUGCACAUAGCUGCUAUACAAAACAAAGAAAAUGUCAUUCGAUACUUGAUUCAAUAUUGUGGUGUUGAUGUUGAUCUUCGAGAUUAUAGUGGACGAAAAGCAUGUAAUUACAUAAAAGAAACAGCAUCUUUUUCCUUAAAAAAUUUAAUUCAGUACAAACCAUCAUAUUUAAACUUUAGUAAUGAAGUUUUGGAUAUAAUAAGAUCCCCUUUAACUAACAGUAAAAUUCCUAUAUUAAAUCGACAAGAUAUGGAAAAAGAAGAUUUUGAUGACAGAAGAAAGAAAAAGUUAAAUGUUGUCCAAUCCUUUCGAUCAAAAAAAGGUUACCGCAGAUACUUUGGGGACAAGCAAGACAGUUAUCAACACAGAUCUUUAAUAGACAUAUCAACCAAUUCUACUGAUCACGUGUCUAAUCCAUCCUUAACAAACGAUCCUCCCUUCCGACGUCGGAAUAGUACUAUUUCUGAAUUAAUUGUCAACGGUUACGCUGGUUUCAUAAGAGAGAAAAAAAUCCAUAGCAAUAAUAGCGAUGAAAAUUCGAGGAGGUCUGUUUCUUCUGAAUGUUCCGAGGAUUCACAAGAAGCAAAAGAAAUCAACUAUAAUAUAAACACAUGGGUUUGAUAUUUUUCUACGAUGAUUUAUGAUGGUUUAAAACCUUUAGAUACUUGUAAAAAUUAAAAAAGCUUUUCUUUUUCUUUAGUUAAUUAACAUUAGGAUUUAGAUAGAGUUCAAUUUUCUAUUGUUAUUAGAUAAAAAUUUUCAUUAGUUAUUUUCACAAAUAUGUAAACUUUUUUAUAUCAAUGUUCAUAUUUAUUUCUAAAUCGAAAUUUAUUACAAGAGCUUUUUAUAAAUUUAUUUUUGUUUUUAUGGUCUUUUUCAUACUUACAAAUUUUUAGAUAAAGCUUUGGCAUCUCUAUGAGCAAUAUUUGUAUAUUUCUAUGACUAAUGUUUGUAUUUUAACCCCAGGUGACAAAUAUUUGGCACAAAAUAAACACAAGCAGUAAUAGUGCAACAAAAAGUUUAAUGUUCAAAAUAAAAGUAAAAAAUGUUUAA